AUGACUCCGCCAUCCGAGUUGUCCAAGAGGAUAGGAACCUGUGCCGACGCCGUCCGCUUCGUUUUGAGAGGAAAGGAUGGGUACCCAUCGUCACAAGAAUCCUACGAAGAAGUGAUACAAUAUCUGCCUGCCGAGAAGGCAACGGGGUACACGAACACCAAUCUGGUCAAAGCUGCUGUCGAGUAUCUCAAGAAAAGUUUUGCCACUUCGGACACCUCGGAUCGAAAGAUCAGCAUCGCGCUCUACGUCGCCAUCUACGUCGGACACGAUCACGAUCACGACGACGGUGUGCUGGCGAAGGAGUUCUGCAAGCGUUUCCAAGACGUUGAAAAUUACGACAAGCACAUGAUGACUAAGAUCUUCAACAUGUCUCUGUGCAACGACAGAAUCCUGGCGCUGUUGGACGCAGUCACGUCUUCGGGAAAAAAGAAGAAGGACGUAAUCGCGUUGAUCGAUCACGAAUUCCGCGUGGAGUUUGUCCUGCUCUACUUCAACGUUGUGAAGAGUCUCGUGCUUCGCGGCCAAUCUCUGACCGACUUCGGCUACCCGGCGGAGUUGACGGCGGAUGAUGUCGAGGCGGCGGAGAAGACAUUCGACAACCAUGUUUCAUCGAUCGCCAACAAGUACUGGCCUUGCUUCAAGAUGGAAGCUUUGAAGAAACCUCGAGUGGUCAACAACCUGUUUCCCUCCGGGGACCAGCUCCCUCGCGUGGUGAUCGGCCGCGAACACAUCGACUUUAAACUGGCGACAUUGGACACCCUUCGAAGCAGUCUCGAUGACAAGGCGGGGAAGGGCGAGUUCCUGGAGAUCACGCGGGCCCUCAUCUGUCUUCCAAUCCGUGGGCCGGAGGCGACGUUCCGUGACUUGCAUUUCGAGUCCGUGAAGAAAUACUUCAUGGAAACGAUCCUGGGUACGUCUAAAGUUGGCGAAUUGAUUGAGACGAUGUCCCAGGCUGUGGACCACGCUGACGUUCAGGCAAAGCUGGCGUCGUCGGAAGAGGAGAACUCGCUUCUGAAGGAGGAGAUAUCAGUUUUGAAGAGGAAGAACUUGGAAUUGGGGGAAGAGCUUGACAGUUAUUCCAGUCUAGAAGAGAGGUAUCGCUCAGUCCUCAAGACUCUGUCGACCAAAGACGAAAAGCUGGAACAGUACGAGCACGAAAAUCGUCGACUGAAGCAAAAUGAGGCCGGCAACACGAAUUUGGUCAAAGGUGCCCUAGAAUACCUCAGACAGGGUUUCGCCGAUCCCGACACCCCGGAUCGCAAGGUGAGCAUCGCGCUGUACGUCGCCAUCUACAUCGGACACGAUCACGAUGACGGCGACGGUGUGCUGGCGAAGGAGUUCUGCGAGCGCUUCCAAGUCCUCGGAAAUUAUGAUGCGAACGUCAUGACGAAGAUCUUCAACCUGUCUCUGUGGAACGACAGAAUCCUUUCGCUCUUGGACACGACGAUCGCCCCGGGCAGGAAGAAGAAGGAUACGUUCACGAUGAUCCAUCGCGAAUUCCGCGUGGAGUUUGUUCUACUUUACUUUCAAGUUGUGAAGAGCCUUGUGGUUCGCGGCCAAUCUCUGACUGACCUUGGUUACCCGACGAAUCUGACGGCGGACGAUGUCGAGGCGUCGGAGGAGACAUUCGACAAACACGUGUCAUCGAUUGCCGACAAGUUCUGGCCUUGCUUCAAGAUGGAAGCUUUGAAGAAACCUCGAGUGGUCAACAACCUGUUUCCCUCCGGGGACCAGCUCCCUCGCGUGGUGAUCGGCCGCGAACACAUCGACUUCGAUCUGACUACGACAGACACACUUCGGGACAGUCUCGAUGAUAAGGCGGGGAAGGACGAAUUCGUGGAGAUCAUGCGGGCCAUCAUCUGUCUGCCGAUGCGCGGGCCGGUGGCGACGUUCCGUGACCUUCGCUUCGAAUCUGUGAAGAACCAUUUCAUGAAGACGAUCUUGGAAACGAGUCACGUGGAUGAGUUUUUGGGGGAGAUUCCCGAGACUGUUGACCACGCCAACAAUCUCCAGGCACAGCUCGUAUCAUUGAACAAGGAAAUUUCAGCUGUCAUGAAGCAACUCGAGAGUCACUCCACUCUCGAAGCGAAGUUCCAGACUCAAAAAGCUAAACUGGCUGGGUACGAGAGUGAAAUUCGUCGACUGAAGCUCAACGAGGCCGGUUUCAAGUCGGCGGAAUCGCACUGCAGGGAGCAUCACGUGAACAAGAAGCAGAAGAAAGAGUGUACUGGUCGCAUGGUCAAGGACUGGUUGCUUAAGCAGCGUUUCGACGAUGAAGACGAGUGA